GAUAUCGUGUCUACCUCACGCGCAACGUGGGUGCCGAUGGCUCGUAGCACAUCUGGGAAUUACUACUCACCUGGCUCAGGAACACUUUACUUCGAUAAACACCCACUAGGAGUGAAGCCAACGGAGGUGGUAUUUGAUAGCGGUAGCACCUAUACGUACUUUGCUGCCCAGCCAUACCAAGCGACUGUUUCUGCGAUCCAAGCUGGUCUCAGCAAGUCACUUACGAAGGUGUCUGACCCCAGUCUACCUCUUUGCUGGAAAGGGCAGAAAGUGUUUAAAUCUGUGUCUGACAUCAAGAAGGAGUUCAAAUCACUCUUCCUGAUGUUUUCGAAGAAUACAGCCAUGGAGAUCGCUCCUGAAAACUACCUCAUUGUUACC